CCCUCCGCGCGCCGGAGUCAGGACAAAUACUACAUUACCCGGGAAGCUGUGUCACAGGAAAGGGCGUUGCCGGCCCCGCUGGCGGGGCGGGACUUCCAGCGUCGCGGGUGGGCGUGUGUUUGUGACGUGGCGGGUAGGUGCUAGCCGACUGUGAGCUUCCGCUUGUCCGGCGGGAGAGGGGAACGGUGGCCGCGCGCUCCUCCCGCCUCUCUGUGGGACCGGACGGGGAGAGCCGGCUAACCCUGCGACAGCCCCCCAGCGCCCUCGUGCGGCCCGAUGGCGGUGCCCGUGCACCCGGCGCAGGUUUUGGUGACCUUCAAGGAUGUGGCUGUGACCUUCACUCGGGAAGAGUGGGGGCAGCUGGACCUGGACCAGAAGGCCCUGUACCAGGAGGUGAUGCUGGAGACCUAUGGGCUUCUGGUCUCACUGGGGCAUCCGGUUCCCAAACCAGAGUUGACCCACCUACUGGAGUGUGGGCAGCAGCUAUGGACAGGAAGGAGAGGCCUCUCACGUAGUACCUGCUCAGGUGACGGCACAAAACUUCAGAUCAGGGACCCAAGCACUUCUCCACUGGUUUUGUCUGAGGGAGCUUUGCUCCAGGGAAGCCUGACUCAGGGAUCUUCAGGGGACUCCAGGUUGGCGCAUGCCAGAGGUUGGGAAGGGCUUUUGGAAAUGCAGAAAGGUCAAUUGAGACCUGGGACAGAUGCUCAAAAGGAGACCCAUCUUGAGAGAAUGAGCCUUGAAAAUGAUGGUUUGGGGACAGAUGAUAGUCUGCACUCCAGGAUAUUACAGGAGAGAGUCUCUCAGGGACAUGUUCUCCAUGAAUGUGACCCACAGGGACCAAGUAAAGGCCAUAUGAUUCAUGCAGGGAAUAAUCUCUACAAAUGCAAGCAGUGUGGGAAAGGUUUUAACCGGAAGUGGUACCUCGUUCGACAUCAGCGGGUUCAUACUGGCAUGAAACCCUAUGAAUGUAACGCAUGUGGGAAAGCCUUUAGCCAGAGCUCAACCCUUAUUCGGCACUACCUCAUUCACACUGGGGAGAAACCAUACAAGUGCAUGGAGUGUGGGAAGGCCUUCAAACGCAGGUCUUACCUCAUGCAACACCAUCCGAUUCACACUGGAGAGAAGCCCUACGAGUGUGGUCAGUGUCGAAAGGCCUUCACCCACCGCUCAACUUUUAUUCGGCAUAACAGGACCCACACUGGAGAAAAACCCUUUGAAUGCAAAGAAUGUGAGAAAUCAUUCAGCAACAGAGCACACCUGAUUCAGCAUUAUAUCAUCCACACUGGAGAAAAGCCCUACGAUUGCAUGGAGUGUGGGAAGGCCUUCAGAUGCAGCUCAGAACUCAUGCAGCACCAGCGGAUUCACACCGGGGAGAAGCCCUAUGAGUGUGCCCAGUGUGGGAAAGCCUUUCACCGGAGCACAUACCUCAUUCAGCACUCUGUCAUCCACACGGGGGAGACGCCAUAUAAGUGCCUCGAGUGUGGGAAGGCCUUCAAACGCAGGUCACACCUCCUGCAGCACCAGCGAGUUCAUACUUGAAAGAAGCCCCCUCAGUGCUGUGGAUGCAGAAAGGCCUUCACCCACUGCUACUCUUUUGUCCUUCAUAAGGGGAUCCACACUGAAGGAAGAAAAAAAAAAAAAAACCCUUUCAGUUUAAAGAAUGUCGGAGAGGUUUUUUUGGUUGGCUUUUCAAACACAUGAGUAGUCACGCUGGAGAUGAAGCCUGUGAAUGCAGUGAGCAUGAGAAAGCCUCCAGCCACUGCUCUGCCACCACUCAUCAUUGGAUUCAUACCAGAGAGAAUUUCGAGAAGGCAGAUCACCUGUGAGUCCACCUCUGUCAACAUCAGAGAAAGCUCUGAGGAAACACAUUCUUAACACAACUAUUGAAGAGGAAUCUUACCUGCCAUUUGAGAAUUCAUAACCAACAGGACCCACAUCAUUGCCAGUGCUGUGAGAAAACUUAGGUCAGCACUUAACUGUUAAGAGUCAGAUGGAAUGGGACCCUGUGUGGGCCUUAUUAUGCCCGUGAGGAAGAUGUAGGAAAUGGACAGUGGGUACUGUGCACUUACAAAGACCUCCAACCACAGCUCUGCCCCUUGGUUGACACUUAGAAAGCCAUCUCAGCAUUAUUUUUAUUUUAUUUUUUUUAAGAUUUUAUUUAUUCAUUCAUGAGAGACAGAGAGAGAGGCAGAGACACAGGCAGAGGGAGAAGCAGGCUCCAUGCAGGGAGCCCGACAUGGGACUCGAUCCCGGGUCUCCAGGAUUAGGCCCUGGGCCAAAGGCGGCGCUAAACUGCUGAGCCACCUGGGCUGCCCAUCAGCAUUAUUUUUAAAAAAGUAAAAAGAAGGAGAUGGAAACCUAAACUAUAAAUGGAAAAAAACAAAUAUCUUCACAAACUUUCAGAUUUCCCUGCCAAACUUAUUACAGUUUUUCAUCAGUUUUAUUUUUUUGGUGGGGGAAUGUUUGAGAGAAAGGGUCUCAGCCCUUUGUUUUUAAUGUGUGUUCACUGCUGUCCUGUGUCAGGAAUGUUGGACAGUGAGGGCAGCUCUCUAGACGUUUGUUGCAAGCCUUGUUCCACACAUCUGUACCCACAAGGAGCAUCAUUCUUUGUGAGGAAAGUGAAGGCUGAGUCAUAAGAUACUUGAACUUAGAAGAAGUUAGAAUUUUGAAAAUCACAUCAUAUACCACUUGCCUCUGAUGCUGUCUGAGGAGAGAAGGAUCCAUGUACAACAGCCACAUUAAAACAUGAUCCAUUGAGACUGUUGAAAGGUUUGAUAUUUAUUUAUUUUAUUUUUUAAAUUUUUUACUUAUUCAUGAUAGACAGAGAGAGAGAGAGAGAGGGAGGCAGAGACACAGGAAGAGGGAGAAGCAGGCUCCAUGCCGGGAGCCCGACAUGGGACUCAAUCCCGGGACUCCAGGAUCGCGCCCUGGGCCGAAGGCAGGCACUAAACUGCUGAGCCCUGGGUUUGGUAUUUAUAAGUAAAACUCCUUGUUUGUGUGGCUUUUAAAUGCCUGAUGUUCUCCCUCCCUCACUUUUUCUUGAUUCCAUUCUGCUUGGUUUUUUUCUGUAUCUUUCCCUGAUAGUAUGAGUGUGGCCUCCUCUGUUGGGUCCUAAUGCCUUCCUGUUCCUGGGAGUUCACAAGUUCAUUAAUCCUGUGUCAGAGACUGGGCAUUCCCCAGUCCCUCUCCACAGCUUUCUAGGGGUUGAAUUAUAGCUAAAACCAUGGGAGAAAAACACCCUGCUGAGGCAAAUUCAUGGUAAGCCCAGAAAAACAAACACAGACUAUUCUCAUUGUCUGAUCUUACAACUGGUUGUGUGAAGUUUUGUUACAAAAUAAAGUUCCAGAGAUUUGAACAGAAGAGUCCAAUUGUAUACAUGCAGGUGUCGGAUUUGUGUUGGCUUCACAGUUGCCACCAUGGACUUAGUAUUCCCUGGGUGCUGGCAUUGGAUGUGGUUGUUUGAAAUUCAUCCUGUGGAUAUUCCUUCAAGACUAGUUUUCAAGGUACACAAGAUAAUGUUAAUGGGUUAAAUAAUGUACAGAAAAAUAUAAAGUGAUCAUUUCCUCACUUGGAACUUUCCUUAGCACCUUUUAAAAGACUACAUACAGAGACGUCUGGGUGGCUCAGCAGUUGAGCGUUAGCCUUUGGCUCAAGGUGUGAUCCCAGAAUCCUGAGAUUGAGUUCCACAUUGAGCUUCCUGCAUGGAGCCUUCUUCUCUCUCUGCCUGUGUCUCUGCCUCUUUCUCUCUGUGUCUCUCCUGAGUAAAUAAAGUCUUUUUAAAAAAUUUAAAAAAUAAAAGGCUACAUACAGUACACAUUACAUAGUGGGCAUGUGCCUUUUUUUGUGGCACACAUAGUAUGACUGCACUUCUUGAUGAGUUAGUAAGAACCCUAGUUUUUGUUUGGAUAGUGUGCAUAGUUUUCUGUUGUUUGGAAAGGAGAGUUGACUCAUAGACCCACCCUCUUCCAUCCUGUCUCUGGAGGGUGGUGUGUACUGUAGCUGUGUCUGUACUUGUGACUGAACCUUGGGUUCAAGAGAGUUGGAGAAACCCCUCUGUAAACAUCUUGGUUUUCAUCAAAGGAUUUUCCUUUGCAUGCCUGGGACACUGACCCCAGUUGUCCCAAAGCAUUUUCCACUAGGUGAAGAAAAUCUGAGAAUUUGUUCCCUCAACUUCAAGGUCUUUCCAUAGUCUUCAUUUAACGUGUUCAGUGGACCUACUGUAUACAUGGUGUGUUCAGUAGAGACCUCCAUCCUUCAUCCACAUGACCACUUUUUGUGUUCUGGGCAUACUGUGGAACGUGGGGCACCCAGGUGAUUGAGCCAGGAGUCCUGUCCAUGAGCAGGGAGGGACCUUAAUGCCAGUGUAGGUGAGCAGAGUACACUGAAAUCUAAAAAGAGAAGGAAGGUGAGCACAUGGCUUUGCUGGAUUCUUAAUCACCUUGAAAAUUUUGACUCCAGGAACACCUGGGUGGCUCAGUGGUUGGUCGUUGGCCUUUGGCUCAGGGCAUGAUCCUGGAGUCCUGGGACUGAGUCCCACAUCGGGCUCCCUGCACGGAGCCUGCUUAUCCUUCUGCCAAUGUCUCUCUCUCUGUCUCAUGAAUAAAUAAAUAAAAUCUUUAAAAAAUUGUCUCUUAAAAUAGGAUUCUUCUCCAUUCUUGAGAGCACUCAGGAUAUUGAUACAGAAGGGAGGGUGGUAGUGAAAUAGUAAAGUUGGGAUAAAUAGCAGAGUGAAUUCUUACAAAUGGAUAAGGAAAUUAAAGUGACAUUUAGUGCUCCCAAGAAAUCAUUUAUUUUAUAUCUUAUGUGAGUCUUGGACUUUUGUAGAUAUAGGAGAUGCACAAAACACCAAAAGAAUUUCACCCUUGUAUAAUUUACAUUCUGGGUGAGGAAACAGCAAUAUUCCUAACUUCCAUAGCAUGUUAGAAGGAGUAGGUUCUGAGGAAAAGAGAAAAAGCAGGACAGCGGUGAAGAAAAACAGAGGACAGGGAGGACUCCCAACAUUAAGACUGUUCACCUUAGGACUGGUGUAGAUGAUGUGUUCUGGCACGUAUUUAAAGAGGCAAAUUUAUUUAUUUCUUCCUUUCUAAUGCAUAUAUGAAUACAUUUCUUGCCAUAUAGCACUAGAUAGUGCCUAUAGAGUAAUGUUGAGGGCUAGGCGAUCCCAAUUAUUUUUCUUUUGUCUCUGAUCUUGGGUGAAAUAUUAACAUCAUACAUAUGGCAUGUGUUGCAGAAUUUUUUGGAUGUUUAAGGAAAAUCUGUUCUAUGCUUUGUUUUUUUUUAAAAAAAAAGGCAAGAAUGUGUGAAUUAACAUCAAAUUACAUUUUAUGCAUCAUCUGAGUUGAUUAUGAUACAUACCAUUUUGUAUGAAGUUGUCAAGCAUAUUGAUUUUUGAAUUUUUAAAGUUUUCAGUUUUAAACUUAGAGUAAGUGCAAGAAUAGUGCAAGAUAACUUUUGUAUAAAAUCUGCCCAAUUAAACAAUAGUUUGUUCUGCAUCUUUUGUUUUAUCAAUCUCUCCCCACAUACAUACAUGUGCAUGUGCAUUGUUUCUGAACAAUUUAACUUUGGGAAAUAUAUUGCCUCUGUACAAGUGAAUGCUCCAGUGCAUGUUUCCUAAGGGCACAUUUUAUGUUAGAAUAUCAUAAUUAGGACAUUGAACAUUGGUAAAAAUACUAUUAUGUAAUCCACAGUGCAUGUUCAAAUAUUACCAUUUGUCCUAAUGUUGUCCCUUCAUGUCUUUAUGACAUUCCCCCCAGAAUGGCAUGGGGAAUUUGGUUGUCAUUGCUCUCCACUUCUUUAAUGAAACAGUUCAUCACUAUUUGUGUUCCUUGGAUGUGACAGGUCAUGUAUUUUGUGGAAUUUCCUUUUGUUUCUCUGAUUCUUGAUGAUAUUUUGCUUUUACACUGAAAUCACAGAAGUGAUACUGUAUCUUUCAUAGUACUUCAUAUCAGGAGGCACUUGGUGUCCAUGCUUACCAAUAUGGAUAGAGUAACUUCAGUCACUUCUGUAAGUUUGUGUUCUUGACUUAAGAAUUACUAUUUCCCUUUAUUUUUGUAACAUUUUUAAGUUUAUUUGAGCAAAAAAUGAUUCAAAUCAGGCAGCAUCUAAUCUAGCAGAAGGGAACUCCAAGGAGCUUUACAAAAUGAAAUACUUGUAUAAAGGAUGGGCAUCCCGGGUGGCUCAGCAGUUUAGCGCCGCCUUCCGCCCAGGGCGUGAUCCUGGAGACGGGUCGGGCUCCCGGCAUGGAGCCUGCUUAUGUCUGUGUCUGUCUGUGUCUGUCUGUCUCUCUCUGUCUCUCUAUGUUUCUCAUGAAUAAAUAAAUAAAAAUCUUAAAAAAAUAAAGGAGAAGGAAGUGGGGACAAAGAAGUCAUUCUUGGCAAAAAGUGGGUUGGUUUAUACAAGGGCACUUUCCUUCAGGAGAUGGCUGGAGUCCAUCAGGCAAAGUACCUGAGUAGUACUAAUCAGGAAAUCCUGAUGUUUAUGAUUCCAUUUUUGGGAGACCCAAACUGUAACUUAACAUAAACAAUUCCAUGAUGGGCCUGUUAUUUUAUUUCCCUUUAUUUUUAGUAUAUAAUUAUUCAGAUGUUUCAAAACUAUUGAUUAUACUGAUCCACAUCCCUAUUCCACCCCAUUAUUUUAGUCCCCACUGAUGAUUUUCAAAUCCCACAUUAAUUAUUUGGCAUUCUACUUUGGAAGUAAGUUUCCCAAUAGAUUGUGUGUUCACUCAUUUUUUAUUAAUUUACAUCAAUAUGGAGAUCCCUGGGUGGCUCAGCGGUUUAGCACCUGCCUUCGGCCCAGGGCAUGAUCCUGGAGUCCUGGGAUCAAGUCCCACAUUGGACUCCCUGCGUGGAGCCUGCUUCUCCCUCUGCCCACCCCCUUCGGUGUCUCUCAUGACUAAAUAAAUAAACUAUUUUUAAAAAAGUAUUUUGGUUUAAUAGUUUUCAAUCUAGCAUUUCCAAUCUUCAAUCACUGGCUUUUAUUUUGAACAAAAGGCAAACUUUCAAGAACUUAAGUAAGCAUUUCUCACAUUUACUAUUUCUCACAUUUACUAUUAAGUAUAUUUUUUCCUCUGGGAUGUCUUUUAUUAAAUUCAGGCUGUUCAUAUCAUCUUUAAGGAUUUUAAUUUAACCUGUUAAUUUUCCUGAAGAGUCCAGAUAAUUUUACAACUAUUUUAUAGUUAAUUGUGAUAAAUCCUAAGACUGAAUGCUGUCUUUGAGAAUGUAUAACCUUUUAUCAUUUAUUUGCACAUAGAAAAUGAUGACAUUUAUAGGCCUCCUUAAGUCCAAUUAAUUUUUAUUAAAAAAUUCAUGCGCCAUGCAACUGUUUCUUGAGCUUGUUUCCACAA